AUUGAGCAUUUUCUGGUUUCUCUUGGCAACUCUCUCUUUGUCUAAGUAUAAGACAUCCGUUUCCGUCUGUUUUGAGAAGAAAACCAUCAGCACCAAUUUAGUUUCGCUAGUUUAAUCAGUCUUUGGUACUCUUCGCUCUCUCUUUUUGUUAUUUUUUUAUUUGUUUGUUUUAUAAAGUUGAAAAUGGAAGGUGAUGACCAUGAAUUCGUUGGUGCUUCUGCCGGAGCUUCGGCAACUUAUCCAGUUCAAUGCUCCUCUCUACGUAAAAAUGGUUUUGUUAUGAUCAAACAAAGACCUUGCAAAGUAAUGGAAAUGAGUACUUCCAAAACUGGCAAACACGGACAUGCUAAGGUCCAUCUCGUCGGUAUUGACAUAUUCACUGGCAAGAAAUACGAAGAUCUUUGCCCAUCUACCCACAAUAUUGACGUUCCUAACGUCUCACGUAAUGAUUACCAACUCAUUGAUAUCAGUGAUGACGGAUUCACUUCAUUGAUGAACGAAAAAGGAGAUACUCGUGACGAUCUUCGUAUUCCAGAUGGUGAGCUUGGCACUAAAAUCAGAGAAGAAUUUAACAAGGAGGACAACACAGUGAUUGUUACAGUUAUGUCCGCUGUUGGAGAGGAAGCAAUCAUUGCUUGCAAAAAUGCAAACAAUUAAACGUCAGUUUCUCAUAUGUCAACAUGUACCCUAUAUAUGUUGGAAUUUCCGAUCUUGGGCCAUAAGGACUUGAUCAACCGAUUAAACCGCGGAAUUAACAUCUUUAUUUUCAAGUCUAUUCGAUUGUCUCACCUUAUUUAAAUUUGUUCAUCCAAAACAUGCUAUAGCAACACAAAUAAACUGAAUGUUUUGAAUUUCAAAA